GUGGUUGUCAUAGUGGAUGUUCGUUCGCUGGGCAAGCGAAGAAGUGAAGGGUAAUAGCCUGUGUUUCUAGACCUACACGUCCUAGCGGAGCUAGGUAUCAUAGGAAUGGUGUUAAUUUGAAUGUGUUAAGUGUUCCCAUUUGUGAUUUUAAAAUAUAAGCGUUUAAAAUAUGACUGGGGUGUUUGAUCAGAUAAAGUUGCUGUUUGAGCAGCAGUUGUACACAAACGUAGUUUCAUUGGCAAAUCUAGUUCUCUCCGUGAGUGAUCACAAUCCUGAUAUAUUAACAGUACCAGCAAAGUUCCAGACAUAUGUUUAUUAUGGGGACUCACUGUUUUACCUUGGCCAGUAUCGAAAAGCAGAAGCCAUGUACCAAAAGGCUCUUCAGUUUAAGAAACCCCUCCUUAAAUCCAAAGGAACUGCAAAACCACAGGACAACCAGAAAGAACUGAUGCCAGAUAUUGAUAUAAAAUACCAGAUUCAUGUGUGCCAUGUGAACUUGAAGCAGAAUCACCAGGCUAUCGAGGAGCUUAGGUCUAUUCCAGGGAAGUUGCGGAAUGCAAAGAUCAACAUGGCACUUGCCAAACUAUACCAGCAGGGCGGAAUGGAACGGUCAGCCAUUACAUCAUACAAGGAGGUGUUGAGGGUAUGGAGUCAUGUUGAAGAAUGUCCCUUGGCUUUAGAAGCAGCAGAGGGAUUGCUGAGUCUUGGUGUAAAAGGGAUAGAAGUGAAUGCUCUGGUCCUGGAAGGUGCAUCCAGUUUUGGAAACAUGGAUUGGUUAAAUUCUUGGAUUAAAGCCCAUUUUCAUCUUCACAAUCGAGAGUAUGGUCAGGCUAUUUCAACAUUCCGGCAGCUGGAUGAACGUUCGUCAUUACGAGACAAUCUCAACCUUCUAGUUGCAAUGGGGGAGAGUUACUACUAUUCUGGAGAUCAUAAGAAUGCUCUUAUUGUGCUGCAGAGGGCACGUGCUUUGGACCCACAUAUGCAGAGAGGAUUGGAUAUUCUGGCUGCUCUCCUAGCAAAGGAGCGGAAACAUAAAGAAUUGGAGAAACUGAUAUCACCAAGCAUCACCGUAUCAGAAUAUGGCCCAGAAACUUGGAUCACAAUGGCUUAUUUUCUGUAUGCUACAAAAAAGAACUCAAAAGCUGCCUACUUUGCCCAAAAAGCAUGCUUCCUUAGCCCACGGAAUGUAGAAGCAUUGAUCCUCAAAGGUGCCAUAUUGCUGGAUCUAAAGAAAUUUCAGGAUGCAGUUGUGCACUUUCGAGAAGCAAUGCAGGUGUCACCACAUCGCUAUGAACCCCACCGUGGCCUCGUCGAUUGCUAUAUUGCCAUGCACAGGCUCAGAGAAGCCCUCAAUAUUGCUAGUAAUGCCUGCAAGCAGCUGGGACAGAAUCCAAGAGCCCUCACUCUAUAUGCAUCGGUCCUUAUGAAGGAUCCACUUACUGUAUGUAAAGCGAAGAGCAUCCUGGAGAAAGCUCUUGCACAGGAUGAGAUGUAUUUGCCUGCAGUGUACCUCUUAGCUGAAAUGUAUGAGCAGGAGAUGGCAUUAGAGAGUGCAGUAACAUUAUUGGAGAAGCAGGUAGAACUGCAGCCAACUUGCAAACUACACCAGAUGCUGGGUGACCUAUUGGCUCGUGUCCAUGAGGAAGAUAAAGCCCUGGACCAUUAUUGUACUGCUUUAAAUUUAGAUCCGAAUAACCGGCGUGCAUUAGAAGGAAUGCACAGGAUAGAUCACUCAUCAAGCAAAUUGGAUACCUCGUAUUUUUUGACAGUGGGAGAAGAAGAAGGGGGUGACACUACAUAUGAGCGAAUAGCAGACUCUGAGAAUGAGGGAGAAGCAGAUGAGAGUGAAACUGAAGCUGUGUGGUCUGACAUGGACCUUGAACUGAACAGCCAAUGAGGAGAUCAGUACUAGUUCAGAUGACUAAAGAAGAUGGUGAAAUAGUUUCAUAAUGGCUUGUGAUUGAAGCUCCUGCAAGGAAACCAGGCUGGGCAUUUUCCAGUUUGGAAUAAAAUUUGUGAGACUUUGUGCAUGUAAUAAAAAAAUGUUAGCCUAAAUUUUAUUGUCAGUAUUGUUUCUUUUUGGAUCUGUAGUAUGUCUUGAUUGUAACGUAUGUUGUGUUUCAAGCAGUGGCAUGCGGUACUAUUUUUAGUAAGUGAAGCAGUGGUAUCUGAUAAACAAACUGAUAGCAAACAACUCACCAAAAUUUACAUCACUUAUUGAGUCAAUAAAGUAAUUUUGUAUUCUGUUCGAUAAACCUGUAAAUACUGUACGGUUCUCAAGGUGAACGUUGAGUUUAUAUUACCUCAACAAGUGAACUAAUUCCACAUAAUUACCUCGGUCGAUAGAAUCCACGCUUUCGUCAUGACCCCAGAGGGCAAGUUGCCUCUUUACUAAAUGGCAGCUGAUAUCAAUCAAGCGUUUCAUUAUUUCUCUAUUUUCUUUCACAUUUUCAUUAUGCUGUAGUAUCGUCAGGUGCUUUUGAUUGUCAAGUUUACAGUCAAUUCGAGAUUUCCUGAACAUAACCAGUUGCACUGUUGAAAUAAUGUGAGUCUGAGAGUUCUCAUGUCAUUUCAAUGCUUUAUGAACAUUGUUGAUAUCACCAAACCCAGUCUUGUUCCAUAGAUGUUUUUUCAAUGAGAAACAAUAGGCAUGGCCAACAAAACAAUUUUCCCAUAUUACUGCAACUGGAUAGCCACUCUCUUUUAGAAUACUGUUCCAAAUUAAAUUUCCUCACACAUAAUUUGAUUUGUGCUUUAACUCUCAUGUCAGUCGUCCUCUUUCUAUAAUUAUUUUCUUUUCAGAAAAGUCCCUGCUUCCGUUUUAAAAGGCUUUCGAUUGCACAGUCGCAGUCACGUUGUCUGCUAGCAUUUAUUUUAGCUGUAGCCUGUGCGUGUAGUCUAAUCAUGCCCCUGCCCUUGUACCACAAUAUCACACUUGCUUCCCUUAAACGCAGAUAGC